AAAAGUCUAUUUAAGCUGUCACCUCCAGAAGAGAACACCAACAAGCUGGCCAGAGCAAAGAAUGUGUGCGACAUCCCUGCCUUGUGCCCUCUCGGCCUUCACCCCUGUGACUGUGAGAAGUCAUUCCUCCGUCUCCUUGCGCUGCAACAUGAAGCUGCGAUGUGGGUUGGAGCAGUACAUGUCUGCCAACGCCAGGGCCGUGCACGAAGCGCUGGACCGGGCCCUGCCCCUUGGCCAACCCGAGCGCCUCAGCGAGUCCAUGCGCUACUCCGUCCUCCCCGGCGGGAAGCGAGUGUUCCCUGUCCUCGCCAUCGCCGCGUGCGAGCUCGUCGGCGGCUCCGCGGCAAUGGCUACCUCCGUCGCCUGCGCCGUGGAGAUGGUACACAGCAUGACGAUUAUCCACGAUGACAUGCCGUGUAUGGACAACGCCGCCCUUCGCCGUGGCCGGCCCGCCAACCACGUCGUCUUCGGCGAGUACACCGCAAUGAUCUCCGGCGACACGCUCCUCGCGCUCGCGUUCGAGCACCUUGCCCAACCUAGUGCUGUCCCCGCAGUAGCGGGGCGCACGCUGCGGGCCGUGGGGGAGCUCGCCGCGGCUGCCGUGGACUCGGCGGCAGGACAGGUCGCCGAUAAGGAAUCCGAGGGUGGGACCGUAAGCCUUGACAUGCUGGAGUACAUCCACCUACACAAGACCGCGCGGCUACUCGAGGCCGCGGCUGUGUGCGGCGCCAUUGUCGGUGGAGGUACGGACGGCGAGAUUGAGAGCCUCCGGCGGUACGCGCGCUUCAUCGGCCUCCUCUUCCAGGUUGUGGAUGACGCGCUGGACAGCGAGGAAGACGAGGCAAUCGACAAGGCCACGUACCAGAAGCUGCUGGGUGUCGACCAGGCGCAGGCUUACGCGGCGGAGCUCCUGGUGAAGGCCCAGCGGGAGCUCGAGCGGUUCGAUGCCAACCGCGCCGUGCCGCUGCACCAUCUCGCGAGCUUCAUUGCCUACAGACACAACUGAUCCAUGGGAGCCAAAUUCUUAGCUAGGAGAAG